ACAAAUAUGACCAGCAACAACGAUCUACAUUGCAUAUUAUUCUGCGAAUUUCACCCUACUGCAGGCCCGAAAAUUGUGUAUCAGGUAAGCGCCUUGCAAAAUUUGCUAAGUUGUUGAUUCGAGGGAGUAAAAUUAUUCUGAUUAGUUAUUGUUUAAUCUUCAGUUCCCUGAAGACUAUAUCUCCAAAGAAGAGUUUGAUGGUGUUGCUGUAUACAUUAUCCCAAAGCCCGAGCUACAGAGCAAACUCAUUACAAUGUGAGUUGGUUUGCUUACGAUAUACCUUAUUUUGAAUGUAAUAUAAAAGUUACUUGUAGCCGUUUUUGAAUGCAAAUCCUUAUAACACUUUUUUUCGAUCUGGUCAUAAUCAUUUAUACAUUCAGAACAGCUGAUCUACCCUGCAGUUAUGUUACGCACUAGUUAAUUAUUAAACAAAGCAAAGUUUACACAAUGCCAUAUAUUUUUUACUGAUCUUUAUAAUCUAUGACUUUAAUAGGGUGGUAAUUUUAAGGGCCUUGGUUGAAGGUAGUCAAUAUAAAGCACCACACAGCUCAUUUAUUGAUACCAAUACCUGAGGAAAGCAGAGGUCCUAAAGUUACCUUCUAUUAGACAGGCCAUGUGGCCCAGUGGCCAGAGCAUAAUCUGGUUUCUGUAGCAUUAAACUACAAGGAGUAUUGCUACCAUCCCCCCUCCCCUCCCCUCCUCCACUCAGAUUGGAUGCUAGCUGGUCUAAUCUGUUAGCAUCUGUUCCCUCUGUUUCCUCGGUCAAGAAGGAAGUCUGAGCUCCAAAAAAAAAAAUUUAAGAGUGUCUAGCUAAAUAUGAUUACUUUCAUUAAUGCCAGGAAAUUAUUCUGCCCUAAGUGCUCUGCUGUACGUAAUAUCUUACAAACGAAUAGAUGCUUUUACUAGAGUUAAAUCAACUCCUCAUUACUUGUUAUAUUUUUUAGCCAUUAACAGGGAUGUGCUCUAGCAGAGCCCGGUGGUCCCUGGCGCCUAACUUUUGCCCUCGGGCUCGGGUGACUAGAAAAUCUCAGAUUUUUCAUGCACAUCAUAUGCUGGGCACCCUAGAUUUUACAGUUUCAGAACACUGGGCUGCCUUCAAUUUUCCUUAGAGCACAGCCUUGAUUAAAUAUAGAUUAAGCUUUUUCUGGACAAUUUAAUGGCUUCGCUGUACUCAUAUAGUUGUAAAUGGGUCUAUCAUUCCUCAAGGUGCACAUUGAUUGGAGCCUCUCUUUGUUGCGUGGCCCUUGUCAUUGUUUUUGCUUGUUUGUAUGAUGUGAAUAAAUAAAUCCAUUGCAGUUUGCCCCCAGCAUUCUCACCAGUACCCCAUCCAUACACCAGGGUGAAGAGGGACAAAGUGGAGCAAAGUUUCUUGUCUAACAAUCUGCUACACAAUGGGGCAAGGCUUGAAGCCAGACCUAAAGAUUCAAAGUUGGAGUUGUUACCUGCUCAGCCAUCACGUCUCCACUAAACUUCACGAUGGUGAUCACCCACAUAACAAAGUAGGAAGCAAAAACUUCUGGCUUUGUAUUAAGUAGUUUUUCUUUUUCUUUUUUUAAUUGCAGAAAUGCACUUGAUCAUAAGUUCAUUGGCUGCCCUAUUAGUAUAGAAAGUGCAAAGUACUCUCGGAAUGCUCUCCUCUUCAAUGUUUGCUUUGUUCUUGGUCCCAAUGUUGAUACCAUUUGCUAUGAGGGUGUGGUGAAGAAGCUAGCAGGAUAUAUGACUUCACUUGAGGUAAAAAUUAAUAUUUUUCAGUUUGGUGUAGGUUUCAAGGAUUUCCUUAGGUUGUUUCAUUUUAAAAGAAGAGUAAACAAUAGACCUUCUGCUUGUGAUGGGCAGAAUAAUUUGUUAAAUGGACAAGUUACAUCUAUGGUACAUGUACACUUAUGGUCGGUGGCAACUGGAUAUUCAGCUGUUACAUUAUGGUGAACAAAUUGUCUGAGUGUGUAAGUAUUUGAGCCCUCAAAAAAACAACAACAACAAAACAAAAAAACCUUGAUUUUCUGCUUGAUGUUCAGUUGCAUUUCCUUGUUUUCAGAAUUCCUUUUUCUUGAUAAAUUUGUCAACUGACCAAUUUAUUAUCUUAAACUUGCAGCUUGAGGAAGGCUUCCUCUCUCAAGAGGAAAGAAAGGCCACUCUUCCAUCAAUCCUAAAAGAAAUAUUUGAUGAGCUUAAUAAGAACGGAAAGUGUAUGAUUCAGAUAGGUGAGUUUGCUUGUAAUGUUUCCUUUGAGUGGCACAGUCCUGGUUUCAAGCAGCACUUCUCAAAACUAGCUUGUCUCCUGCCCCAAUUGACUUCCUCAACCAUACUUGUAAAUAGCCAACUGGUUGUAUCUGACCAGUUGACCAAUAAUAUAUUGGUAACAGUUGUUUGAGGUUGCAUGAACUCUGACUUCUAAUUGGAUAUAAGUUCUGUGGGAAUCAUGCUACUCAUGAGAUUUAGGUUACUUGCUGUAGACUCAAGUUUGGCUCAGGCCAGUAAAACGCACAACAUGUACAGAUUUUGAUGCAGAAAGUAGAACUACGCUCUUCUUUCUGCAUCAACUUUUUGCAACCUGGAACAACCUGAUUAAUAUUCAACUUGUUUUGCAGCAAUGUUGCUGUUGCAAUGUUACCGUACCAUUAAGCAGAUUAUGGAUCAUUCUCUACUUUAUUAUUCCUAAUUUAGUGGUUUGUUGUUUCGUUAAACAGAUGAGGCUAACACAAUUCACCUUAAGUGCAGCAUUGCUCCUUUCAAUGAUCCAACUUCUGUGUUGGAUCAUCAAGUUCCUGUGUUUAUUUGUGACAAAGAUGCAGUAGCUUCUUCUGAGUGGGACAUCACCACACAACAGGUACCGGUGAUUGGACAUUUUGCCAACGCCCUUUCGCUAAUGUCUUAAGUUGUUUCGAUUACGAAAUGAAACAAGCACUAAACAUCUAUAACUCGUUGUUUCAGCCAAAUAAUAUGUAAAUGUCUGAUACAGGUGCGUUAGUACCUCUGAGUUCUUUAAGCCAUUGUUGGGGAACUGACUUAGCACAUUGGCAAAAUGACUUUUAAAGAAGUUAGCGAACAGGAAUUUUUGUUCAACAGCUCAUAGGCGAAACGACUGUAAAUCCACUCCAGGUAACAUACUGAAGGACUGACUGAUGAGGAAUCUAGUAUCCAGUACCUUGGAUCAGGAAUUCACAGCUUGGAAUCCAGAAUCCAAGACUGCCUUGAAUUACCAUACAUGGAGUGAGACAGACGAUGAUUCUGUCUGUUUUUAUUUUACUUUAUUUUUGAUUUACCUACAUUUCUUUAUAUUAAAUGUGAUUUUCUCUUUAUCUUGAUCAGAUACUUCGAUACAUCGAUGGUUUUAACCAUGUUCAGCGGAUCGCUGGGGAAGCUGACAUGGAAAUCAGUCUUGUUAGGAUGUGUAUUCAAGACAUGGUGUAAGUACGGUUUACUACCCACGACAAUAAGCUCAUGCAAAGCUCCAAUUUUUAUGUGCCAACUGUAACCCAGGUUGGAAACCUUGGUAAGAUCUUGACAAGAUCUUGGUAAAAUCAUGGCAAGAUCUUUAAUAAUGAUCUUGGUAAGAUCUUUGGUAAGAUCAUGCAAGAUCUUGGACAAGAUCAUGUAAGAUCGUGCAAGAAGCUACAUGUUCUUGGUAAGAUCUUGACAAGAUCUUUUAACAAUCUUGGCAAGAUCCUGCCAAGAUUUUGGCAAGAUCAAGAUUUGCUAAGAUCUUGACAAGACCAUCAAAGAUCAUUCAUGAUCAUACAAGAUCUUAACAAGGUUCUCAACCUGGGGAGUGUCUACAUAAAUAUAUAACAAACCGCUUAAACAACGUCAACUGGAGAAGUGACAAUCCUUUCCAGGUGUUUAGAUAGUGAGGAUGGCACACAGAUGGCAGACUGAGCAGGAGAAAACAACUUCAUGAAGAAGUGCAACCAAAACAAACAAACAAACAAAAUAUAGAAAAAAAAUAACAACAACAAACAACAAAAUAAGACAAAAAGAAAACAGUGAGGGGUAUUGGACGGAGAGGUAGUUCUCUCUCCCUCUUCCUAUCUUCAUCGUCUUUUUACAGCUGCUAUAUUUACAUGUAUACGCAAGUAAACAUAUACCUUAUUUUAUUCUACUUGCAGUCAAUGUAAAGUUGUCAAAUUAAUUUCUAUUUUCCAGGUAAGUACUCUACUAUUAAUAACUACUUUCUACACAACAUAAUUUGACGUAGCCCUUACUUGCUCUAAUCCAUGUCAUUGUUACCCGGGUAUUUUGUGUUGUAUUGUCCAUCUUAUGGUCGAUGUCUACUGCUACAGUUUUGUUCGCUCGUUAUGUGCAUUCUUUUCCAGGAUUUUUUUUUUAUUCCCCCAAAAGCCAGCAACCAAACUUCAAUACCCUUAAUUCUGCAAGCAGUUACAAUCUCUGUGACAUUGCUUCUUUUCACUGUAAACUGGGAGUCCACAGGCAGUAGGUUGGCUUGUGCAGCAUGGCAUGCCAUUCUUCAAACCGGAUUUUACACAGUCUAGUCUAGUCGCAGUUUAGUCUUUUGUGGUCGCAUGUGAGACUGGUCUAUGUUUUGUUGAAUUGCAUGAUGCUAUGGCUUUUCUCAUUGGCUAUCAAGAGGUUGCGCGAGAAACUGGCUUAAAGUCGUCCCAUGAUGCAAUUCGGUGUGACACGCAGGAGGCCAUUUCCGAAUUGCCUUAAGUCUCUGUUUCAAAGUGAGGUUAAGUACGACGCUCUAGUUCACGUUUGAUAUAUAAAAUAUAUCGAACGUGAAUUUUAAAAAAUUCAAUUGUGGCUCCGUUGUCUCGCAGUUGUCAGGAGAGACUUGAGCGCAAAGACAACCUAUAGAAAAAUGACAGAAAGCGUGGGAGUAGUGUUACAAUUUUGUUAUAUGGAGUGAAGGCUAUUGGCAUGAAAAUAAUUUAUUAUUCUCAAACAAAUAAAACUCAUCUUCACACCGAAAGUUUUGCACUUAGCCUGGUUUUAAAAGUGAGAGAUUUUAGAACUCGGAAAUGGCCUGUUCCCUUUUCCUGUUCGCUCUUUCUUACUGUACUUCAGUUAAUAAGUUAUGCUUAAGAAGUUUGUGGCAUGUCAUUCUUGCAGUAUUCCAAUGUGUACAUCCCCACACCUGAGAUUAAUCAGCUGAUACAUGAUAAGAAGUUACAGGAGGAGUGUCUUCAUUACGUUGGAAAGAAAGGUAGGGAAAUACUGCAGCUGAAGGAACGUUCGGGAAAUAUGUCAGGAGAGGGGAAUUGGAGCCUUUUUAAAACCAGAAAACCGCAAAAGAAAAAAAGAUAUAAAAAUACAAAACACAGAUCCCCUAUGAAAAUCUUUGAAAAACGGAAAAUUAAGGGAUUUUAAUGCUACUUUCGCCUUGCAUUUCUUAGCCUGUUGCUAGCUGCCCCCUCCCUUGGCUGCUCAGAGGUUAUGCAUUUCUACGCUUUGUGAUUGGGUAAAAAAUUCUCCCCCACCCCCCCGCCACAUCCUUUCCCAGUCAAAAGUAUAUAUCAAAACGUAUAGACACAUGCCCGCUAACAGAGACGCUCCGUUUUCUUCAUGCAAUUUUAAAACCUAGGCAUGUUAAUAUCUUUCAUACUCUCAAUCACAGGACGGACGCCGCCGACCUUUCGUGACGUGUUUAUGCUGUACUGCGGGCUCAGUCCAGGUGCGACUGUGAGGGACCUGUGUACCAGAUACAAUCCUGCAAGUCUUCGUGUUGAUGAGAGGUAUUGUGGGAAAAGAGUGGGGUCAUAAUCCAUUGCGUCCUUAUAUCUACCGUUGAUUUGUGUUCCUUCAAUUUCUUUGCGGCCUUCGUUCAUGGAAUUUAUACGCAUAUGGCAAAUUCCUUUUUUUUUCUUUACCAAUUUUCAUUUAAUCCUCGAGUUCAUUUUUACUUGCAGGCGGUUAAUUCAGUUUGGGAUGGUAACAGAGAUUAUCCGUCGCCUUCAUAAAUAUCCAGUUCAGCUUACAGCGCCUUCCAAGAGUGCAUCAUUACCCAGAAGUUAUCACAGGCCGAGAGGGAAACAUUCAGACUCCAACAGAUUUAAACUGUCAGAUAAGUGAGUUUUACUCUGUACAUAACUGGCAAGGCUUCAAAUGGUCACAUUUAGAUAUCAUUCACAGGAACACUUUUGUAAAUAGUAUCAUCGGUGGAAGUUCCACUCAGCCUUUCACUGAUCCAAAUCUCAGUACCACAGGAAAGUGUGCGAAAGAGUUUUCAUUUGGAAUGGUCACAAAAUAAUAUUCCGCGUUCACAAGUUAGAAUCACCCUAAAUUGCAUAUUGAAUAUCACAAAUGAAUGCUUUUUAGUAGUGUUCAUUUCAACGGUCUCACCAUAGAGAGGAUUAAGUCCACGGGAUUAGAAUUUAGAACAGACUUAUGCAGAGUAAUAAAUGGUACCGAAGAAAAGUUAUGUCGCGCGCCAUAUUCCUUUGAAUGGUCACACCCUAGGAUAUCUUUCACAGUCUCUACAUAGAAUAGCAUGAUAAACAGUAUCACAAGAAAGUAGAGCUCAGUACUUAGCUUUCAUUUAUGUGUCUAUCCUUUUGGAUUUCAUCCACGAAUAGUAGGAACGUUCAUUUCAGUGAAUGUGGUGUUAUCUUCUCGCUGAGGAAAAAAAUAAAGGUGUUCCGUUGGUAAAACUGAUUACACAGUGCGAGAAAAAUUUGACCAAACCUGAUCUCAGAUAGAGCGGUUUUCACUUGACUGUCGAAAGGGAUUGGUUUUGGUUUUGGUUUUGGUUUUACUACGCCCUUUGGUUGGCUAGUGUAUUUACUUUGGUUUUGGUUUUACGACAGUCAAGUGGAAACCGCUCUAUAUAAAAAUGUACCAAAAACACGAAAUCAAAGGGAAAACAACGACCGGUUGAAAAGCGGAAAAUUGUUUACUUCUUAAUCAAAUCACAGGUGGUUAGAUGGAAAUCACAACUAUGAUGAAAUAUGCUGCAAAACAGGUAUUGUAACAAAGCUUUCAUCGUUGACAUACUAAGAUUAACUCACUAAAACAGCCAAUCAAUGGAGUAAACGAUGUUUUUACGCACGUAAGAAAAAUAUUACUUGGCCAAUCAAAACCCACAGGGCUGCGUGAGUUUCGCGCCAAAAUUCCCGCCUUUUUCAGAUGCUUGCAGUGUCGUCGCUACGCGGGUCGCUUCGAAGUCGUUCAACGAUAAAAUGAGUUAAGACGAGAGAGUCGUUGUUGAAACGUAAACAACAGUGUGAAGAACAGUUCGGAAAAGAUGAUGGAAACGCUUCGUAUAUUUUGCUUUUACAGCAGAAAAUUGUGAGGGGCCCCACUGCAAAACAAGGUAGAAGGCAGAACCGCGAACGUUGUAAUUCGCAUUAGUAUGUAACUUCAAAUUCAGACGGCUUAUUGCCUCCCCCUCCUUGUAAUUCUCCUUUCAAAUUUGAAAAUCGCUUGUGUUCCACUUAGAAGUGUAGCUUUGUUGUACGAUGAAGAAGUAUGUGAACUGGUUAACUAUUUCUUGCGCCUCCAGGUUUAACUUAUCAAGAGUUGGAGGACAUCGUUGAAGGAGAACCUCACAUUGUGGUUAUAUGGAAGUGAUAACUUAAUGAUGGUGGAACAACAGACCAUCCGUUCAGUGUAAGAUUGCUUUAACCAGCUUUAGAGGUUAUAUAAUCGACGAAAUAACCAUAACAAUAAGAUUGUGUCACGUUAUUUGUGCAGGGACCAUUUUCGGAAAAAAAAAACUGUUGUACGCAUUGUUUGCGCCUCGAAUGCGUUCGAGUUUUCUUAGCUUAAUCAUAACUACCACAAAAUUGUCAAAUCUGAUUGGCUAUCAACUGCCCUGAUUUCAGCCUUAAUUGGCCAGUUUAAUAGGACAGUACGCGUCAUGGACAGUACGCGCCAUCACGCGCGCGCUUAAAUGGCUUAUUUUUUCCACUGCUAGCAAAACAGAAUUUCGAAUUUCUUGUGUUUUGAUGUAAAAAAUAGCCUAUUAUAUCACAAAUUUUGUUAAAGUUAUGAUUAAUUGGUAACAGAACCUCGUGUCGUCCAAUUCGGCCUGUAAUCAUACUCGUGAUUAAACAAAUCGGACUUCCGCUACGCGGUCGUCCGAUUUUGUUAAUCACUCGUAUGAUUAGUAAUGGUAACAGGACUGAGUGGAGUCCAAUUCGGUCUGUAAUCAUACGAAUGAUUAACAAAAUCGGAUGACCGCGUAACGGGAGUCCGAUUUGUUUAAUCACGAGUAUGAUUACAGACUGAAUUGGACGACACGAAGUUCUGUUACCAAUUAAUCAUAACUUUAACAAAAUUUGUGAUAUAUAAGGCCCUUUUUUGAAAUCAAAACAGAAGAAAUUCCAAUUUUUUUUUGCUAGUGGUGAAAAAAGCCAUUUAAGCGCGCGCUUGACGGCGCGUACUGUCCAAUUACUUAGGCAUGACGCUUACUGUCCUAUUAAAUUGUCCAAUUAAGGCUGAAAUCAGGGCAGUUGAUAGCCAAUCAGAUUUGAGAAUUUUGUUAUAGUUUUGAUUACAGACCGAAUUGGAAUCCACUCAUUCCUGUUACCAUUACUUAUCGUCAUUAUUGUUUUCAUGACAUUAGAAGAAUUCACAACGUGACCAUUUUCUUUUUCUUUUCCUUUUUUUCUUUGUAAUUUCUUUGCGUUACCAAUCGUUUACCGUUCAUCAUAUUUACGCAUCCCAGCGUGAGUCCUUUCAUUUUAGUUUUAUCCAUAAGACUUACCUUUGGGCGGAUUUUAUUUGCUCAUUUCGUUAUUUGAGAAAUGGUCGACAUAUCUUAUCUGACGUUUGCAAUAAACUUGAUUCUAAAUCUGACAGGAAGUAAACAGUGCAUUGAUAACGUCUUUAUCUUGAUCGUACGUAUCGUUUUUAAAGCUCCCACUGACAAGUUUAAUUCGGCUGGAACAAACCAUACCAAUUCUGUGAAAUAUCCCAUAUUGUAUUUUAUUCAGUCUAUCUCGGCCUCUUUUUGAAAAAAAAAACUAAUUAAACAGAGAAUUAUCUCGUCUAAUGAAUUACUUUCUUUUUCCACACACGGCACUGCUUAUUGUUUUUUCGACGCGCAUUUUAAAAGCUAUUUCCUUUUAAUUUGCAUGUCAGAAAACCAUUGUAAAGUUACUCUAUGUUGCCAUUUUUAUCACCGCAAUAAGCACUGAAAACAGAAAACGCGCGAUGAUACUAAUAUUCAGAUGCAAAAGUUUCAGUGCAAAAAACAUUGUCAUUGUGCAGUUAUUAUUACUGUAUCGACGUUUAACCCAAGGAAUAGACCAUUUAUCACCUAACCAGGUCACUGUUAACGGAGCGUUUCUGACACUCCACGGCUACGCUUCAAACGGUCCCAGAUUGGGACGCUAUGAUUGUCGCAGUAUAUUACAGUGUGGUCAUCUUUGCCUUAAAAACUUUCGCUGCCUUUCCUUUAACUACCAAGAGUUGAGUAUUCGUAAUGGAUUUUGUGAAUUAAGUGGAGUGAGUGUUGGAUCAAGACAUGAACGCGAUAAACUGAUCAGAAAGAUGCCUGGAUUCGUUUUCGUACAGUUAGUAGGAAAAGCUCCAGUAAGUAAUCGGUUCACUUUGAUACAAUAAUGCUACUUUUUAGAGAAGAAAGAAAUUGUUGAUGAUUUGUACUGGGGAACCUUUGGUUGUCUUCGUACAAUUAGUUGGAAAAGUUCUAGUAAGUCGUUUAUACUUGUCACCUCCAUACAGUAGUACUAUCCUUCUAGAAAAAACAGAAUUUGUUCUUGGUAUGUACGGGGAACCUUUAGUUCUGCACCCCGUUUUAUUCGUUACCUUUUUAGCAAUAAGAUUAUAGGAAAUCUUUCACUAACUAAAUCUUUUUUUUUUAAUUUACUUUGUUUUUGCAUCUCUGUGUGAUGUUGCCUUGUGCUUAAAAAUCGUGCGAAGUGGAUGAAGGAAUAUAUAUAUAUAUAUUCUUGGUUUGCAACCACGUGACAAGGCGGCCACGUUGGGGGUCAAAACAAAAGAAUAUUUCCUCGAAAAAUUUACAUGAAAAUAGAGUUUAGUUCCCAGAGGAGAGAAAUGCUUUUGUUCUUGACCACCAACAUGGCCGCCGUGACGUCACGUGCAAACCAACAAUAUUCUAAUUUGUCUUCUGAAAUGAUGAUUUUAUUUUUAUUUAUUUUUUAAUUUUUUUUUCGUGAUUAUCAGUUGAAAUUGAAAGCAAAUACACACUAUGAAAAACAGGAACACAAUUCAUUACAACAGAACUACUUUUAAUAAGUCAAGCUACUAGACUGACGCAUUAAUUAAAGAAAUAAGCAGCUGACAAGACGACUGCUAAUAUUAUGCAGCAUAAGGAGCGAAUUUCAUCUUUCCAUCAGUGGCCGGGACUUUUAUCAGAAAAAAAGCAUAAGUUUCAAUAUGAACUUCUAAAAGUAAAUUUUUCCAUCACGUCAAAAUUUUAUAACCGGCACUUUUUUUUUCGUGAUUAUCAAUUGAAAUUGAAAGCAAACACACACUUUGAAAAACAGGAACACAAUUCAUUACAACAGAACUACUUUUAAUAAGUCAAGCUACUAGACUGAAGUAUUAAUUAAAGAAAUAAGCAGCUGACAAGACGACUGCUAAUAUUAUGCAGCAUAAGGAGCGAAUUUCAUCUUUCCAUCAGUGGCCGGGACUUUUACCAGAAAAAAAGCACAAGUUUCAAUAUGAACUUCUGGAAGUAAAUUUUUCCAUCACAUCAAAAUUUAUAACCGGCACUUUUUUUCGUGAUUAUCAAUUGAAAUUGAAAGCAAACACACACUAUGAAAAACAGGAACACAAUUCAUUACAACAGAACUACUUUUAAUAAGUCAAACUACUAGACUGAAGUAUUAAUUAAAGAAAUAAGCAGCUGACAAGACGACUGCUAAUAUUAUGCAGCAUAAGGAGCGAAUUUCAUCUUUCCAUCAGUGGCCGGGACUUUUACCAGAAAAAAAGCAUAAGUUUCAAUAUAAACUUCUAAAAGUACAUUUUUCCAUCACGUCAAAAUUUAUAACCGGCACUUUUUUUCGUGAUUAUCAAUUGAAAUUGAAAGCAAACACACACUAUGAAAAACAGGAACACAAUUCAUUACAACAGAACUACUUUUAAUAAGUCAAACUACUAGACUGAAGUAUUAAUUAAAGAAAUAAGCAGCUGAGAAGACGACUGCUAAUAUUAUGCAGCAUAAGGAGCGAAUUUCAUCUUUCCAUCAGUGGCCGGGACUUUUACCAGAAAAAAAGCAGAAGUUUCAAUAUGAACUUCUAAAAGUAACUUUUUCCAUCACAUCAAAAUUUAUAACCGGCACUUUUUUCUUGUUUUUUUUUUUGUUGUUUUUCUUUCUGUCGAUGCUCUGCUAGGGUCUGAAAAGUGGUUUUCACUCAGCAGAUCUCUUCUGGAAAAUUAUCGUUAAUCACAAAACUCAUUUGGCACAGUUUUAAUUACAAGAGAAUCCCUCUUUACUAACAUUUGCUCAAUAGGCCCUUUGCUGAUAGUCAUUCACGUGGUACAAAACCGCCAUGCUGGAGAGCGAGGGAUGCACAAAAAGCGUUAUGUAUCGGUCAAAUGGAAGCUUCAACAUGCCCCCCGGGCAUACCCCGGGCAUUUGACACCUUUGCCGUCCCGGGGAGGAGGGAAUUUGAUUAUCAGAGUCUUCCAGGGGGUGGGGAAUUUGAACUACACCCUCGAUUUCAUGUAAAAUCUUUGGCGUGACGAGCUAUCAUGGGGGACGCGGUGUUAGGGGAUUUUUGUGGAAAAGAUUGUGCCUUUGUGGCCAAUUGGUUACAAGGAAAGGGCUUAAACAAGCUUUGUGCCGUUUUUGAAGUAUUUAAAUUUUAAAAUUUUUAAUAUUGGAUUCAGGCUUUGAAUGUAUGAAUGUAUGUUAUUGUUGUGUUUACAAUGAAAUACAAUACCUGUACCAGCGAUUCAAUACAACAACAUAAAAUAGAAUGAAAUAAAAUAAAAAUCUCAGGUCAACUACUUUGAACUACUGCAAGUAUGUUAAUUUUUACGGUGAGCGAUGAUGCAUGUCAGUGAAAUGGUCAUGAUGUAGUAAUCUCAAUAGGUGGGAUCUUUUUUUAUAGAAUGCUUUUUAUGUUGCAUGAUGAAGAAAAGCUGAGCAUUCAGUGACCUUGUAGCAGCGAUUUCCGCCGCUUUGCACGAGUGUUUUGUUCGUAGUAAAUACGCUAACAGUGUUUCUCAGUUUUUGUUAUAUUUAUAAAGAUUUUGUUCGACAACUGAAGGCGUUUCCGCCGUCCUUCUGUCAUUUUUGUGCCUGUGAAAUGUCCCCGGGGUGGGGGCAUUUGAUCAUCUGAAUGGACCCUAGUGUGGGGCAUUUGAACGGCAUUUGGGCCCGGACAUAAAUCAUAGGUGGUGGCAUAAUUAAACAAGUUAGCUCGGUUAAAUCUCUGGGUGUGCAUAUAGACGAAAACCUUUCAUGGAAUAUGCACAUUGCAAAAAUAGCCAAGAAAAUCGCAUCGGGCAUUGGAGCAAUUAAACGUUGUAGGCCUUUUGUUAAUCGAACCACGCUGGAGUCCGUUUUCAAUGCCUUAGUUCAACCGUACUUUAAUUACUGCAGCGAGGUCUGGGGACAUUGUAACAAAAGUCUUUCGAAUAAGCUCCAAAAGUUGCAAAACCGGGCUGCCCGUAUUCUAACCUUCUCCAGUUAUGACACAAGCGCUGAUCCUCUUCUUGAGCAACUCAACUGGAAACGGUUGGAUACUCAGCGACAAAUACAAGUGGCCACCAUGGUCUAUAAAUCUAUACAUGGUCUUGCGCCCGACUAUCUUGGUUCUCUUUUCACUAAAUAUAAUCCACCUUAUAAUUUAAGGAACUCUGAAAACAAACUAGCUGUUCCAUUCUCCCGCACCAAUUUCUUGAAAAAUAGCUUUAGCUAUAAUGGUGCGGUUAUCUGGAACAGCUUGUCCCCUGAAUUACGGCAUCUAUGUAAAGCAGAAUUUCUUUAUUUUCUCUAUUUUUACUAUUUAAAUUUUUGGAUCAUGUUUAUAUAGAUUAAAGUAGAUUGUAAUUUUUAUAAUUAUUAUUUUAUUUGAUAGAUUUACCGUGUUUAAAUAAAAAUAAAGUUCAAGUUUUUCAAGUUCAAGUAGGGGGGAAUUUGAACAAUAAUUUUCAAAAAAGUCAAAUGCCCGGGGGGUUGCCCGGGGGGCAUGUUGAAGCUUCGAUUUGACCGAUAUAUUAUCGUUGAAAGGAAAAAUAUGAUAUUAGUUGUCUUUCUUGUCUAUCUUUGUUUUGCUCAGGUGUUAGUUUUCGACAAAGACAUUAUUGAAUUUGAAUGUUUCUCUUGGGACGACCGUAAUAACCAGGAGAAAUUAAAAACAAAGGUUAUGCAAUUUUUGGGGGGGGGGGGGGGACAAACAAUGUGUGAAAUGGGAGAUAUGCAAAUGGCGAAUUGUUAUUUUGCAUCUGACGUCACAGCAACCAUGUUGGUUGAUAAGAACAAAAGAGUUUCCCUCCCCUGGGAACUAAACGCUUUUUGCGUGCAAAUUCAGCGAAAAAAAUUUAACUGUUUUAUCAACCAACAUGACCGCCUUGCUUUUUGGAUGCAAAAGGAAGUAAAUUGCUCUACAAGAAAAUCUCAUGAAAAGUUGCAAAAAAAAUGAACAACACAAAGUAUGGAUUAUUUUCACACGACGUCACGCCCGCCAUAUUGGUGUCCCAAAACAAUGAAACGGCGGCCAUGUUGGUGUCCCAAACCAAACCUGUGGGAGUUGAACUCUUUUCUUAUGUAAAAACUUUCUUUUAUUCCUAGGAAUUUACACAGGGUUCGUACAGAGUCUUGAAUUCUUUAAAAAGUCUUGAAAUUUGCCCAGCAAUUUCCCAGACCUGGAAAAAGUCUGGAAAAAAUGGUAAAAAGUCUUGAGCUUUUUCUUUUUGCAAAGCUAUAACAUGUACUUCAUAAAUGAAUUUUGUUUCGUUUUGGUCAGAUCUUCUUCAAUCUCGCCCUUACGUUUGCAGUGCAUCUUAAAAAAACUUUGUUCCUGCCUUUUUAAGGUCUGUAUCGAUCACCUAUUUGAUAACCUUGACUUUGGAAAAAGAAAUUAUUGUUUUGGAAAAAUAGUUUGGAAAAAGUUUUGAAUUUUGGAUCUAAAAAUCUGUAUGAACCCUGUUUGCAUAGCUGCUUGCCAUUUGAGUGUAAGAGUUCUAUGUAUGUUUUUACCCCAUUGUUAUUUCUUAUUUCAGCCUCGGAGUUGCCUUGAUUACCUGCGCACUGGUAGACGUUAUUCGGGAUUUUUCAAUAUUUUCGACGAAAAAGGAACUUCCAUGGUAGUGUAUUGUGAUCUUACUUCUGAACCCAAAGCUGCAUGGACGCUCAUCAUGUCAGAAAGGACACCAGGAUUUGAUUUAUUCAAAAGAGUGCCUCUUUUUAAAGAUAAAGUUAUAAAUGAGUCUAUUCCGAACUGGGAUGCUUACAGGCUGUCACUUUUUAAGAUGAAGCAGCUGCGGUUGCUUUCAUCUCACUGGAGAAUAACUUGCAGCUUUCAGUUGGAUGGAUUAGUCUAUCGAGAUUAUGUCCGUGGCAAGUUCGCAGACUUUGAUAUCAUUGAUUUUAAACGAUCUCGCACCUGCAUGAGUGUUGAGUACGUUAACGUUCGAGGCUACAGCUGUAGCAACUGUCAAAUGCCUUGGUGGCAAGAUGAGGAAGUAAUGUUACAUCACGACAGUUCAAAGCCGCGAUGUGGCUAUAAUGCGUCCAAAGGAGCUGUAAAGAACGAAGAUAACUUCGGUUUUUACACUAGGUUCAAUCCUUCUUUCCGAUGUACUGAGUCGGGGCGAGAAUCCACGACGAAUCACUGGUUUGGUUCAUACUUGAAUUGACAUAAAUCCGAAGUUGAAAAAGCGAGGUCUUGUCAGAGACAUACUCAAGCAACGCAUUAUGAUUCCUUCGUCGUAAACGGGUAGAUAUAAAAAACUGUUAGUUUCGAAUUUCAGACCAACAAUAGCCAUCAAUGAAUGUAAUUGUUUUUCGCUAAAACAAUUCGUGUACCUUCCGUUGUACAAUUACAAUUGAACCGUCCAUAUUAGCGACUAUUCAAUACGCCUAGAUUUGUCGGUCGCGUACAGAAGGUUUUGCGAGAGUAGGGCAGUAAUUAGUAUGUUUAGCCAACACUAAAAGCAGGGCUCCCGCCUAGAAGUUGUCGUUGACUUGAAACAACUGAUACACUUUAUUGCAAAAACGAAAACACUGAUAACUAGAUGAAUGAAAGAAUAAAUAAAUAAAAUUAAGUAAAUAUAUCUACUUACAGGUAACUAUAAACUUAUAUUUACAUUAAACGCAUGUGCACGGAAACACAAAUUGUUUACUCAGUAUACAAAAUUUCAAAUAAUAAACACAAUGUAAACUUAAAUUGCAGUGCUGUUAGACUAUCCACACGGCUUAUCAGCUUCAAGUUGGAAUUCCCUUGUCUUAGGAUGAAAAUGCAGGAGACUGUAAAAACAUUCCAAAGAAAAAUGAAAAUGCGUACAAACCAAGCUUUUUUGUUAAUUUGAAAAUCUCUGAUACUAAGUUUGUUCCAACGAAUGGACCGCGAACUACCUUGCAUACAAUUAAGGAGUAAUUGCCACCACCGAUUGAGACAAAAAGGACCGAUUGGUAUAAACUUAUUUUAACGCAAAAGUCAUAUUAGCCAUCGCACUUACUUGUUUGAAAUUUUUGUUGUUUUUAAGCUUUAAAAGAGUAAAACUUGAGCCAGUGGUCAAGGAUUAACGCAGAGCGCUUUAACCGAUCCUUUGUAAAUCUAGUGUAAAUGGGAUUAUUUUGAAAUAAAAUUUGUCAGUUGCUUGUAAUUAAUUUAACAAUUAUGACUUCUAUAGUAAACGUGAUUUGUAAAUACAGAUUUUAUUAUCAUCGUUAACGUGGCUAUUAUUUUUCCAAAGUCUUAUUUGUGGGAAACUGUGUGGUGGUGUUGAUCAUAUUAAUCGUUGUUUCUUUGAAUUAACUAAUUUACCUGUAUAUUGUAGGGGCAGUGUGUUGUCGUUAAUUAUGAAUUAUUUAUUCGACUCAUGUGCUAAACAAUGGUGAGGUUCUUACUUUAAGGUUUUCAGUUCUGGCCGUCUUUGCCGAAAGACUGCCUUAAAUUUCAGUGAGGUGCAGAUAGGUGCUAUGAAGGGUAGUUGGAAGAGUGUCGCUGAGAUAUUCCUACUUCAAGUAGCUUUGGGGAGUGCAACGCUUUCCCCGCACAGAAGCAGAUGUUUAAGAAUUGGAAACUUCUCACCUCCCAUUAAGAGUAAGAGCUUAUUUUUCUUCUUUUCUUCCUUACGUUUAAGCAACAGUAUACCUAUACGAUCCGCCAAAUAUUUUUAAUCAAUAUAGGGAAUAUCUUUUUACGGACGUUCCUGAAUCUCCUCUCAUUCUUUAUCUCGUCAUUUGGUAUGUUUUUACGACUAAUAACUUGCUGAAAUUUCGUCUGUGGGAUUCCUCAGUGACUCAUUUACAGUAUCGUUUUUUUUGGUUGUUUCUAAAAUUUAACCUGCCAACAAAUUUAUCAUAUAGGGAUACUUUUACAAAUGGUAAAUGAUCUUAAUCAAAUGUUCUUGUUUUGGCAAUACACGAUCAGUGGCUAAACUAUAUUCUACCGUCACUUCAUUAUCCCGAUGAAGUUGUAAUCAAUCUCAACUGUGACUGUUCGAAAAGGCGGGAACAACUGACGAAUCACCACAAAGUUAAAAAGUCAAAAUUUCCCAAAGCAGAGAAAAUACUUUAUAUUCAUACCAAAGGUUGUCUUUAAGCCUUCAGCGAAAUGGAAUGGAAAAAUGUGCGUUUGUGAGACUAUCAGUUAUAGUUGUUAACACAUAACGUUACAUGGUAUCAUAAGACUUGAUUGACAUGCAGCCGUUCUGGAGAAGGUUGUAAACCAGGCUCUCGGAAAGUGUUUGCAAUAGAGCCUACUUUGUCAUUGACGAACCUCCUAAAAGUCUUAUCUUUAAACUCUUUUGCGCCUGAAAUAUUGAGAUGUAAAUGUUUGUGGAAAUAACUUAAUUUAGAAAGCCGGAUAUUUAAUUUUCGCCCGGUAGGUGGCCUUUUGAAAAACAGGUGUACACUGUAGUUUGUUCUUAGACCGAUUACGGUGAAUGGCAGGGAAUUGGUGCUAGCAGAGAAAUUUAAAAAGCCUGUUAAAAUCAAUUUUUCACGGUUUUAAUGUUGUCUUCGUUUGUUUUUUCGUUGGAACACUCACUUGAAUAGAAUUCCUAGUAGAAGCAGAACCUUCUGCUUUCUGCAACAUCUUUUUGAAACCUGCAACAGCCUGAUUUGAUAUGACGUCACAUUGUUAUUCGUAACACUAAGAGACUUUGAAACUACUGCCUUUAAUUGUGGAAUUUCUGAAGCCAUCGAUCUAAGAGUUUUAUUGCAUUCGAAUCAUUCUACUAGUCUCUAUCAACUACGUUAGAUAAGCAAAAUAGUUUAUUCACUUCCCAUACUAAUGUGAGUUCCACAUUACAGCUUCACGAGGUAUUAACAGAUUAAGUAUUGCUAAUUAUGUUAUUGUUGACGUCAUAGAUUACUCUCUUGCUGGUCACGUGAUUUCUAGCACACAAGUACCCUCAAGGAUCGACUGUGGUUUUAACUGUUUGGAGGAACAGCGGUGUGUUUCGUACAACUACGAAGAAGGAGAGAAAGUAUUUCAUGACUGUGAAUUAAACAGCGAAAGUAAAGAGACAAGGUCGUCCGACCUAACAGAGAGAACUAACUACUCUUAUUAUGGCUUACGCAAAAGUGUAAGUGAUAAGUUUUAG